UUUGUUUCUUUAGAGUCAUCAUUCUUGACUGAUGAGUGUAUGAAUACUGUGUUCUUAUUUUUGUUAAGUAAAACAUUUAUUUCAUUGGUUAAAUUUGAAACAUUUAUUACCUGAAAAACGAUAAAUAUAGUUAAGUUUUAUUGUAUGAGUGAGGAAAUAUAAUUAUGUAACUGUUUAUUUUUAUUUCAACUUUAUGUAAGUGUUGGUGUUUUGCCAGUAACCAUAUCAAAGUCUAUCUGACUAACCCGUGCUUUCAAUUAUAUUGAUGUAAAUAGUUUGUGUUCAAAGUCUGUCAUCACUUUUUAGUAAUAUUUAUGUACUGCAGGUUGGAAAUUUUGAGACAGAAGUGUUGGUGUUUUGCUGGUUCAAGUCCUGACUAAUCAGAGUAACAGACUCUGGCGGUUGGCAAGGUACCUCGGAAUGGUGAUGAUCAGGUGGCUGGCGACAAAGUUUGCUGCACUCUGCUAUCUUUCACAUAAGGCUGUAGUUUUCCAACAGAGAUUCGGUUCCUGAAGCAGGCGGCUGGUCUUCCUUCGGUCCCUGAGAACGUUUUAUACCCAUCUGUGAAGAUGCUACUGUCUCAGCUAUCAUAUUAGAUAACCAUCUCUUACCCUUGUGGUUAAGGUGUUGUCCGUGUCGUCCACAAGAUGUGGAGUCUAGGCCUGAUCCUGCUGUUUGCCUCUGUGGCCCUUGCGCAGUUCCCCGGAGGACGCUUCCUUGAGGGUCCUGUUCCCCAAUUGUGUGCUCAACGAAAGAUUCAUGAAAAGUUUGGCAACCAUGGAUACUACUUCUCGUGGCGUGAUCCACAAACAGCCAAGCAGGAGGAGGACUGGCUGGGUGUACGAAACUGGUGCCGUAUGAGGUGCAUGGAUGCUGUUGCUCUACAGACUACCCAGGAGAAUGAAUGGAUCAAGAGACAGCUCGUACAAGAUAAGGUCCGUUACAUCUGGACAUCAGGACGCCUCUGUGACUUCAAGGGUUGUGAUAGACCUGACCUGCAACCCAAAAGCAUCAAUGGAUGGUUCUGGACCUCAACCUUGCAGAAACUGCUCCCCAGCACAAACAGGAUACAAAAUGACUGGAGUCCUUCUGGAGGAAUCGGAGAGCAACAACCAGACAACCGUGAGUUUAAGCAGCAAGGUGCGGAGGAGAACUGUUUGGCAGUUCUUAACAACUUCUAUGGAGAUGGAGUCCACUGGCACGAUGUAGCCUGCCAUCACCGCAAGCCUUUUGUGUGCGAAGAGUCUGACGAGCUCUUGACUUAUGUCCGUUACAACAACCCUCAGUUGAGAGUGUAAUCUCCCAACGUCUUUUAGAUGUCAUUUAAUUAGGUGGUAAAUAUGUGUUAUGCUAAACUUGAGUUCCUUUUCAAAGUGAAUGUACAUCAAGAGUGUGACAGCCACAAUGAAUAUUUUCUAGAUGUUACUGUGAUUGGGAGAAGAGCAAUAUGAACAAAUACAGUGUUAUAAUUUUAACAACUA